AUGUCUGUCUACUUCUCUUUCUUUACAGGUAAAAACCUUGAAGGAGAAAAUAGAGAAUGAGAAGGGAAAAUAUGGUUUUCCGGUUGCUGGACAGAAGUUGAUAUAUGCAGGUACAGUUUCAGUCUUUUAUUCCCCUGCUCCGUUUUGUCUGGCAGUUUGAUAUAACAAUAAUAAAAAAUAUGCCAUUUAGCAGACGCUUUUAUCCAAAGCGACUUACAGUCAUGCGUGCAUACAUUUUUUGUGUAUGGGUGGUCCCGGGGAUCGAACCCACUACCUUGGUUGUGGUCCUCUGUAGCUCAACUGGUAGAGCACGGCGCUUGUAAUGCCAAGGUAGUGGGUUCGAUCCCCAGGACCACCCAUACACAAAAAUGUAUGCACGCAUGACUGUAAGUCGCUUUGGAUAAAAGCGUCUGCUAAAUGGCAUAUUAUAUUAUUAUUAUUAUUACAAGCGCCGUGCUCUACCAGCUGAGCUACAGAGGACCUUGAUAAGGACUUGGAUGAAAAUGCAUAAUAAAACGUUGCGCUGUCACAACAUAAUUGCAUGUCUGUGUUGGCUUGACCUGUGGGUCACAUCUCAAUGUGUCAUCUCAAUGUUUUCAUGUAAUUAUGUUAUGGGAAUGCAGAAUGCAGCAAUGUUCAAUCUGUGUAUGUGGCAUGUUAAUGUUUCUCACCACUAUGAAUUAACCUUAUAGGUGACGGGGAUAGGUUUCUGCCAAUUUCAUUGGCAAAGAAUGUCAGGGUUAUUGUGGAAUUGUUGGUUAAUAAAUUAAUAUCUUAAUGUUUGUUGCUUGAAGGGAAAAUCCUUAAUGAUGACACGGCCCUCAAGGAGUAUAAGAUUGAUGAGAAGAACUUUGUGGUCGUCAUGGUGGCAAAGGUAAGGGAUUAGAAACGUUGAGAUUUGUCCAUGAAAUGACAUGCUCUUCAUUGGGGUGGAGACCUCUGAAUAGAUAACAUAGGCUUCACUGUUUUCAAAUCCAUCAUAAACAUGAUUUACACACACACACAUACUGAUAAUGGCAGAUGGACUUAAUUAACUUUCUGUGUCAUUGGACGUGUGUGUAGCUUGUGUGUGUGUUCACCGUGAAGCAAUAUUUUCCCAGACCUGUCACAUGCACCUCAAUAUCGCUAAGAAGACAGAAUGCAGAUUGAAUCCCACUGUGCGGAGUAGAUUGCAAUCUGUUGUUACAUCUCCUCUCCCUAUGCACACAGGUGCAGCAACAGUUCAUGCAAUGAUGGAAUAUCCAACUGCUGAGCUACAAUAUGUGCCUUCUGCACAGUUUGAAUGUCUACAUUUUACAUUUUAGUAAUUUAGCAGACGCUCUUAUCCAGAGCGACUUACAGUUAGUGAAUGCAUACAUUUUCAUACUGGCCCCCCGUGGGAAACGAACCCACAAACCUGGCGUUGCAAGCGCCAUGCUCUACCAACUGAGGUACAGGGGACUACGUCUAUAGUGAUAAUUAACAAGAGAUUGUGGCCUUGAAAGAUUGAAUAGCAAAGAUUCCUGUUUAUUGGCAUAUGGGAUGGUGGAGUCUUUCAUCUUUUUAAAGCUGCAUUAUGUAAAUCUUUCUAUAUUUUCUAUGUUCAAAAGCUCCAAGUCGGUAGUGGUCAUCCAAUGAGAUUCAACAGUAACAAUAUUGUGCCUCCAGCCUACCUGAAAACCGCUUGUAUUCGAUUUCCCUGUUGGGUCGGAUUUUCCGUCACGAGUUCAUUGACUGAGACAGGUGGAAGAUCUAAAUUGCACACUCCUAGCGUCCUCUCCUCGUCUCCUUCUCAAAACCCAUUGGAUGAAAAAGCCAGAGGUCGCUUCCCUCUGAUCUUCUCCACCAGUGAGUUUUGAGAAGGAGACGAGGACGCGAUGAGUAUGCUUUGAGAAUCUCUGAAUCUGAAGAGAAAUGGGACGUCUAUGUCCACACUUCGCUAGUGCUGAUAUAUGGCAGAAGUAAAUAUGUAUGCGAGUGUUAUAGCUACUAUGGAUUACUUGUUUUCAAGCCACAUUGGCAGCUAGCUAGUGUAACGAACUACCUUAUUAGAUAGUUGAUUGCGCCAUUGGUUUGUUUCAUUUGUAUAAAAUGUUGCUUUACUAUUUAGUUGUAAUAAGCUAUGACUAUAUGCACCAUUACCCUUGUGUUAUUUCUAAUGUCUGUGGUCUGAAAGAAACUAAUCUGAUUAGCUAGCUUCUUCACACUACCGUACUGGUACGGAAUAGCCAUUAUCAUUAUUUGACAACAAAGCUCUAGUUAGAAAAAAUCUUUGAACAAAAAUAUUGUUGCAUUUUCAGUUAUGAAAGGGAUCAAUCAACGUCAACGCCUACCAAAGUUGUCUUUCCAGCGCCAUCAUUGUUGAGUUCAGAUCAGUAAGCAAAAACUUUAGCAAGGACAACAGUCUGUUCCAUUAUUGUAUUUCCCCUAGCUGGCCAAGAAUUGACCUAAUAAUAAAGUGGACAUCUUCUAAUGCUAGGUAUCUACACUGAAUACAAAUGCAACAUGCAACAAUUUAAAAGAUUCUACUGAGUUACAGUUCAUAUAAGGAAAUCAGUCAAUUGAAAUAAAUGCAUUAUGCCCUAAUCUAUGGAUUCCACAUGUCUGGGAAUACAGAUAUGCAUCUGUUGGUGGCAUAUACUUUAAAAAAAGGUAGGGGCGUGGAUCAGAAAACCAGUCAGUAUCUGGUGUGACCACCAUUUGCCUCAUGCAGCGCAACACUUCUGCUUCGCAUAGAGUUGAUCAGGCUGUUGAUUGUGGCCUGUGGAAUGUUGUCCCACUCCGCUUCAAUGGCUGUGCGAAGUUGCUGGAUAUUGGCGGGAACUGGAACAUCCAGUCGUACACGUCGAUCCAGAGCAUCCCAAACAUGCUCAAUGGGUGACAUGUCUGGUGAGUAUGCAGGCCAUGGAAUUGGGACAUUUUCAGCUUCCAGGAAUUGUGUACAGAUCCUUGCGACAUGGGGCUGUGUAUUAUCAUGCUGAAACAUGAGGUGAUGGCGAUGGAUGAAUGGCACGACAAUGGGCCUCAGGCUCUCAUCACGGUAUCUCUGUGCAUUCAAAUUGCCAUCGAUAAAAUGCAAUUGUGUUUAUUGUCCGUAGCUUAUGCCUGCCAAUACCAUAACCCCACCGCCAUCAUGGGGCACUCUGUUCACAACGUUGACAUCAGAAAACCGCUUGCCCACACAUCUGCCCGGUACAGUUGAAACCAGUAUUCAUCUGUGAAGAGCACACUUCUCCAGCGUGCCAGUGGCCAUCGAUGGUGAACAUUUGCCCACUGAAGUCGGUUACGAUGCUGAACUGCAGUCAGGUCAAUACCCUGGUGAGGACGACGAGCACGUAUAUGAGCUUCCCUAAGAUGGUUUCUGACAGUUUGUGCAGAAAUUAUUCAGUUGUGCAAACCCACAGUUUAAUCAGCUGUCCAGGUGGCCCGUCUCAGAUGAAGAAGCCGAGUGCGGAGAUCCUGGGAUGGCGUGGUUACGCGUGGUCUGCCGUUGUGAGGCUGGUUGGACGUACUGCCAAAUUCUGUAAAACGACAUUGGAGGCGGCUUAUGGUAGAGAAAUGAAUAUUCAAUGCUCUGGCAACGGCUCUGAUGGACAUUCCUGCAGUCAGCAUGCCAAUCUGUGGCAUUGUGUUUGUAUGACAAAACUGCAAAUUUUUGAGUGGCCCUUUAUUGUCCCCAUCACAAGGUGCCCCUGUGAAAUGAUCAUGCUGUUUAAUCAGCUUCUUGAUAUGCCACGCCUGUCAGGUGGAUGGAUUAUCUUGGCAAAGGAGAAAUGCUCACUUAACAGGGAUAUAAACAAAUUUGGGCACAACAUUUGAGAAGCUUUUUGUGUGUAUGGAACAUUCCUGGGAUCUUUUAUUUCAGCUCAUGAGACAUGGGACCAACACUUAACAUGUUGCGUUUUUUUAUUUUUGUUCAGUGUAUAUCUAAACUGUUAUGGAAAAUAAACUACCCAGUAUUUACUUUGAGUUUUGAAUGAAAAGUACUUUAAUAAACAUAAGGUGAAUGUAAGAAUCGCUCAUUAUCUCAAAUAGUCUACAUGUCAUAUUAAACAGCAUAUAAACACUCUAAAUAGGUCAGGAGCCAGACAGGGAGCCUAAGAAGGAACAAAAUUGAAUUAUUUAGACAAUUUCAAGGCUAUAGCCUACAAAGAAAUACAUUGAAGCAUUUGUGAGUGCGACACACUAGGCUGGUAGGGAGUCAGGGACAUUAAGCGCUCAGCAUUUAAACAACGUUUUGUUGUAUUCAAUCAUUAGUCUAUAAAUUGUGCAAAUAGGCUGUGACUUAGAAUUAAAUACAAAUUACACGAAAAAUGCCUUAUUAGGCUCAGUCUACAGUGCCUUUUUGAAUUCAUUUUUAGAAACAUGAGUUUAGCCAGAGUCUGGCUUCAGGCUCAUGCGAUGGUGCCUGGAGAGCAGGCCAGCAGCGGAGAAUAUCCUCUCCGCGCUUGCAGAGCCACUGGGAACGCUAAACACCCUUUUGGCCACUCUUGUCAGGCUGGGCAGGGAUGCAUUUUAUUAUUAUGGGGGAAAAAAUCUAUUGAUAGGCUUAAAGGUUUUUAGGCAAAAUAACCCAAUCCAAAACGCAAAGCUUCUUGAAAGUUGGAAUAAGCCAGGCCUAUACGGCCAAAAUCAAUUAUGGCCUAUUGUAUAGAUAAUAUAACAAAAAUGAAGGAAACUUUUAAGAGCUCAGAUUUUUAGUUUAUAAAUACAUUGCUUCAAUGACACACUUAAUUAGCUACCCACCUCGUUCCUUUCUUUUAGCAUGUGCAUGUAGUAAGUAGACCAUGCUUUCGGGAUACCAGUCUUUUUUUUUAGGGGGUAGAUCAGCUUUAAUAUUUCAGAUUGUAACUUCCAUCAAUGUAAUUGUCUGUAUCACUUACAAUCCCCCAUACAUAUAUACAUACACGCAUAUAAACAGUGGGGAGAACAAGUAUUUGAUACACUGCCGAUUUUGCAGGUUUUCCUACUUACAAAGCAUGUAGAGGUCUGUAAUUUUUAUCAUAGGUACACUUCAACUGUGAGAGACGGAAUCUAAAACAAAAAUCCAGAAAAUCACAUUGUAUGAUUUUUAAGUGAUUCAUUAGCAUUUUAUUGCAUGACAUAAGUAUUUGAUACAUCAGAAAAGCAGAACUUAAUAUUUGGUACAGAAACCUUUGUUUGCAAUUACAGAGAUCAUACGUUUCCUGUAGGUCUUGACCAGGUUUGCACACACUGCAGCAGGGAUUUUGGCCUACUCCUCCAUACAGACCUUCUCCAGAUCCUUCAGGUUUCGGGGCUGUCGCUGGGCAAUACGAACUUUCAGCUCCCUCCAGAGAUUUUCUAUUGGGUUCAGGUCUGGAGACUGGCUAGGCCACUCCAGGACCUUGAGAUGCUUCUUACGGAGCCACUCCUUAUUUGCCCUGGCUGUGUCUUUCGGGUCGUUGUCAUGCUGGAAGACCCAGCCACGACCCAUCUUCAAUGCUCUUACUGAGGGAAGGAGGUUGUUGGCCAAGAUCUCGCGAUACAUGGGCCCAUCCAUCCUCCCCGCUAUACGGUGCAGUCGUCCUGUCCCCUUUGAAGAAAAGCAUCCCCAAGGAAUGAUGUUUCCACCUCCAUGCUUCACUGUUGGGAUGGUGUUCUUGGGGUUGUACUCAUCCUUCUUCUUCCUCCAAACACGGCGAGUGGAGAUUAGACCAAAAAGCUCUAUUUUUGUCUCAUCAGACCACAUGACCUUCUCCCAUUCCUCCUCUGGAUCAUCCAGAUGGUCAUUGGCAAACUUCAGACGGGCCUGGACAUGCGCUGGCUUGAGCAGGGGGACCUUGCGUGCGCUGCAAGAUUUUAAUCCAUGACAGCGGUGUGUUACUAAUGGUUUUCUUUGAGACUGUGGUCCCAGCUCUCUUCUGUUCAUUGACCAGGUCCUGCCGUGUAGUUCUGGGCUGAUCCCUCACCUUCCUCAUGAUCAUUGAUGCCCCACGAGGUGAGAUCUUGCAUGGAGCCCCAGACCGAGGGUGAUUGACCGUCAUCUUGAACUUCUUCCAUUUUCUAAUAAUUGCGCCAACAGUUGUUGCCUUCUCACCAAGCUGCUUGCCUAUUGUCCUGUAUCCCAUCCCAGCCUUGUGCAGGUCUACAAUUUUAUCCCUGAUGUCCUUACACAGCUCUCUGGUCUUGGCCAUUGUGGAGAGGUUGGAGUCUGUUUGAUUGAGUGUGUGGACAGGUGUCUUUUAUACAGGUAACGAGUUCAAACAGGUGCAGUUAAUACAGGUAAUGAGUGGAGAACAGGAGGGCUUCUUAAAGAAAAACUAACAGGUCUGUGAGAGCCGGAAUUUUUACUGGUUGGUGAUCAAAUACUUAUGUCAUGCAAUAAAAUGCAAAUUAAUUACUUAAAAAUCAUACCAUGUGAUGUUCUGGAUUUUUGUUUUAGAUUCAGUCUCUCACAGUUGAAGUGUACCUAUGAUAAAACAUUACAGACCUCUACAUGCUUUGUAAGUAGGAAAACCUGCAAAAUCGGUAGUGUAUCAAAUACUUGUUCUCCCCACUGUGUGUGUGUGUGUGUGUGUGUGUAUAUAUAUAUAUAUAUAUAUAUAUAUAUAUAUAUAUAUAUAUAUAUAUAUAUAUAUAUAUAUAUACUGUGCUAUGAAAAAGUAUUAGCCCCCUUUCUAAUUUUCUCUACUUUUGCAUAUUUGUGAUACUGAAUGUUAUCAGAUCUUCAACCAAAACCUAAUAUUAGAUAAAGGGAACAUAAGUGAACAAAUAACACAACAAUUACAUAUUUGUUUCAUAAACAAAGUUAUGCAACACCCAAUUCCCCUUUGUGAAAAAGUAAUUGCCCCCUUACACUCAACUGGUUGUGCCACCUUUAGCUGCAAUGACUCCAACCAAAUGCUUCCUGUAGUUGUUGUUCAGUCUCUCACGUCGCUGUGGAGGAAUUUUGGCCCACUCUUCCAUGCAGAACUGCUUUAACUCAGUGACGUGUGGGUUUUCAAGCAUGAACUGCUCGUUUCAAGUCCUGCCACAACAUCUCAAUUGGGAUUAUGUCUGGACUUUGACCAGGCCAUUCCAAAACUUCCAAUUUGAUGCUUUUUAGCAAUUUUCAUGUAGACUUGAUUGUGUGUUUUGGAUCAUUGUCUUGCUGCAUGACCCUGCUGCGCUUCAGCUUCAGUUCAGCACAUGGAUGAUCAUCAAGACUCUUGGAAGAACGUUCUAUGGACAGAUUAUUCAAAAGUAUAACUUUUUGGACGACAUGGUUCCAGUAAUUCCUGGCGAAAACCAAACUCUGCAUUCCACAGUAAGAACAUCAUACCAAAGGUCAAGUAUGGUGGUGGUGGUGGUGUGAUGGUUUGGGGAUGCUUUGCUGCCUCAGGACCUGGACGACUUGCCUUAAUAGAAGGAACCAUGAAUUCUGCUCUGUAUCAGAGAAUUGUACAGGAGAAUGUCAGACCAUCCGUCUGUGAGCUGAAGCUGAAGCGCAGCUGGGUCAUGCAGCAAGACAAUGAUCCAAAACACACAAUCAAGUCUACAUGAAAAUUGCUAAAAAAGCAUCAAAUUGGAAGUUUUGGAAUGGCCUAGUCAAAGUCCAGACAUAAUCCCAAUUGAGAUGUUGUGGCAGGACUUGAAACGAGCAGUUCAUGCUUGAAAACCCACACGUCACUGAGUUAAAGCAGUUCUGCAUGGAAGAGUGGGCCAAAAUUCCUCCACAGCGACGUGAGAGACCAACAACUACAGGAAGCAUUUGGUUGGAGUCACAGAUCGUAAAUUGAAAAUAAACAUUUUUGCUAAAAGUAUUAUUAUAUUAUUGAUCGAUUGACUAUGACUUUUCAGAUCACCCAGUAGUGCUAUCUGCAGGGUUAGCUCCAGGUAAAUAUUGCAAUCCUUUAGCCAUUCCUGGACCUGUGUCCAAAAACAAGCUACAAAUGGACAGUACCAAAAAAAUGAUCUAAUGAUUCUGUCUCUUCGCAGCAAAAUCUGCAGAGCUGGGAAGAUUGCAUCCCCCAUAUAAAUAACAUUCUAUUGGUAGCAAGAAUUUUAUAUAAUAAUUUAAAUGGAAAAAUUCUAAGUUUUGAAUCUGGUGUCGUUUUGCAUAUCAGGAUACCAGUCUUUUCAGAUUCCACAAUGAUUCUUUAGUUGUGGACAUUACGUCACCGCACUCCCGCUCUUGGUCCUCAUCUUUGUAAGUCACCUUGAUUUUGCACCUGUGUGUUUUUAUCAGCUUCUUUAUGAAAAUAGACUACAAAUGCAUGCUGGGCUUGGCAUGCCCUGAGCUCAUGAAGUGAGAGCUAUUGGAGCGGGCAAGAAGGCCGACGCUCCAGCCUUUUGGGAGUCUCGCUCGGCGCUCCAGUCAAAUUGGGCAUGUUCUGCUCCUCACUCCGCUCACAUACUGACUCCUACCAUCUAACCAUUAGCAGCCUUGGAGCACAUCACUUAUUAGCAGUUCAGCACAUCAGCAUUUCUCGCACUGUUACACAAAAUCAAGUUAAACCUUUACCAUCGUAGACAUUGAACGUCUGUAACCAAACUGGCAAAAACUCUGUUGGCCGAUGGUAGUUCUAGCUAGCCACAUGCUAACCUGAGUGCUACUAAUAGUAGCAGGAAAUUCAGAUAAUGGCUAACACAAACAUGGGCUACCAUCAAUGUUCCAUUCCCCGGGACUGCCACGCAGAAAAAUAUCAGCCUGCGCAGAGAAGCACAAGAUUGAACUUCACUCAACUUUUCUAGUGUUUUCCCUGUUAGUUAACACUAUCAACGUUUCCCUUUACUGUGGGAAUUGUGAUCGAAUCAAUGCAAUAUUAACCACUUUCAAUGCAAUGUACUGAAACAAAACGAACUAUGCAAGACUUAGUUUUGCAUACUAACUAUGCAAGAGAUUUAGUUGUAGGCAGAACGCAUCGGAGUAGGAUUGCAUUGACAGGCACGACUCAGGCCUGUACUCUAUACACACUGGUGCACCAUAACCAAUCAGAGCUGCAGUAGGCCUAUAUGCAAAUACACCAUUGCCAUAUGUGGAUCUGUGCCAUUCACUUUGAACUGGACUGUUUUUACAGCAUGAGCGGUCGUGAGUAGAUGCGCUUGUUUUGAGAUCAAAGUGACAUGUAGCGAUGUCUGCACAUUUUACAUUUGUUCAUAUCCUUUGCUAGUUUGAGUUAUUAGCCAAGUUAUAUAUAAUUUGUAGUCAGCAAUGGGGGAGCGAUUGCUUCCUACAAGAGCACAAAACUUGUGCAUUUCUAGACAUCUUUGAAAAGUGAGUGAGGUAAAGAGCUUUGUUUUGUCUUAAAGGGGCAGUGUUGUAUUUUGAGACAGGCUUGAAUAAGAUAAGGAGCCAAUAGGCAGAGAGGGUAGUAUAAUCUGUCUGAUUCUCUGUAAUAAUGUUAUGGGAAUAAUGAUGCAUUUUUUUUUGUAAAGUGGUUUCUUGUGUCAAACACAACAUCUUCAGUCACCUUGUCUAAAGGACAAGUCGAUAAACAGGUUAAUGUCAAGCCCUGCAUGUUUUUUUCAAAAGUCUCAUGGAAUGUAGGCCUACAUUGAACACUACACAUUGGCUGCUACUGUAGGCUGAACGAUAGAACAGCUAUUUCCAUGUUAGAAUGUUAUGUGACGCAUUUAAUACAUUGUUUUUUAUGGUAGGCCACACUGGUAGGCCUACAUUAUGAUCAAAUAGCCACAGUUUUAACAGUGGUCAAGUAGGCUACUAACUUAAAGCGGGGACAGCCUCAGUGUUCACAGUAAACGUGCGCCGGAAGUUGCACAGAAUUUUCACAACGUUCAAGUUUGCGCUCAGCAGACCUGAAAUCUGCUCAGCGAGGAAAGAAUUUUGAGGGAACAUUGGCUACCUUGAUAUCCUGCAAGUUAUAUCGGCCAAUAAAGAUCAGGUAGUUCAGCAAAAAUAAAGACCUUGAAAUAAACAAUGACAUCCGAUAUGGUAUUUGACCAUUAAUUUCUGCAAAACGUGCAGUAUUUUAUUGAUUUGAGUUGUUGGAGCUAGCGUAUUCCAUCCCCAAACACCAUGCUGGAUCCGUGUGAGUGGGCCAGUUCUUUUUGUAUAGCCCGGUGCACUUAGGUAGCUGGUUUCUAAUGCUUUGGGCCCUUUAGUACCUACUUACCCGAUUCACAUCCAUCACCGAAGCCGCCCACCGUGGCGCUGUAACACUGGUGGUGUCAGUGGACUUGGAGCCUACAUCGAAUGUUGGCACAGAACCGAUUUCAGCUUCAUGGUGAAUACACUCUUCCUCUGUUGGUACCCAUUGUAAUCGUUCGGGACAAAGUGAGGCCCGCAUAUGACUGAAGCGCCCGGUGUUCACCUGACCCAGUAUGACUUUCUUCCCGGCUUGACCAAACAUGCAUGCCGGUAAACAGUGCAUUGCCACCACCAGCACCAGGCCGUGCCUCUCUGAAUGUCAAAGCUGCAAUGUAUUGUUGGAGAUGACUUUUUGAUACAUGUAUUUUCGCAAUUUGAAUUACAACUUUUAAAAAUAAAUAAACAUUUGCAUAAAUUAAAAAAGGAAUAUCAUCAAUCUACGAUGUUAGAUUUGUGGAAAUACAUUGUGCAAUCUGUCCUUUAAAUCUUCAGAUGGAAAAUUUUUACUUUUAGCAAAAUGAGCAGAAAAUCUCCGCACCAAACCAGUGCAUACAAAUGUAAAAACAGAGCAUUUCUAUGAUCUGUGGUUAAAAAGAUUUAAACAAAAGGUCCUAAAAAAUGCUUCUCUGUGACAUCACAGGAUAGGAUUAAAGUUUUAAACUGUGAUUUUCAAAACCUGCAACACGUUUCUAACCGGAGGGUAUUUUCUAUUUUCUUGCUCCCCAUGUCACCGCGCGAAUCUGUUUUGAAAAUCACUUUUGAAAAUGUUUUUAUGUCAUCGGGUAGAACUUUCUAACUUUAUAUAUUUUUCUACAAUGUAGAAAAGCGCCAUUUUCACAUAUGGUAUUGUGCUGUAGAUAAUGAAAAUGUGGUGGAAUUGAGCUUUUAAGAUGGCUUGCUAUGUUUUUGCUACCUCAAAGUGAUAGUGACCUAAAAUGAAUACCGAUUCGCAGUAAUAAUUCCCAAUGUGUCCAUGUCUGUAGCCUAAAUCAGAUCACAGGCUUCUUACCUAACAAGCCAUGUUGGUCAAAUCAUUUUUACUGUAUCACCUAUAGGCCUAAUGUUUUAUUAAAAUAUGCUGUUAAGAGCACUGGAUAUUCCCCAUUUCUCUAUGUAGCCUAAAGCAGCCCCAGCAGCUGCCCAGCCUUCCGGUGCAACCACGAUCACCACCUCUAGCACUACAGCCCCCACAGUACCCUCUGCUGCCUUGUCAGGCUCAGAUAACCCACCUGAGGGGGGAAAACCAGAGGACAAACCAGCUGAGGAGAGGCCCUCCAACACCUCAGCCCCAGCAUCAACUCCAACCAGGUAGGGCUGGUUCAGCAGUCAAUGGCUGUCUCAAAUUGCAAAUCUAUUCCAUGUACACUGAGUGUACAAAACAUUAGGAACUCUUUCCAUGAGACUGUCCAGGUGAAAGCUAUGAUCCCUUAUUGAUGUCACUUAAAUCCACUUGAAUCCAUGUAGAUGAAGGGGAAGAGACAUGUUUAAUAAUUGAUGUUUAAGCAUUGAGCCAAUUGAGACAUGGAUUGUGUAUGUGUGCCAUUGAGGGUGAAUGGGAAGACAAAAGCUUUAAGUGCCUUUGAACGGGGUAUGGUAGUAAGUGCCUGGCGCACCGUUUUGAGUGUCAAGAACUGUAACGCUGCUGGGUUUUUCAUGCUCAACAAUUUCCUGUGUGUAUCAAGAAUGGUCCUCCACCAAAAGGACAUCCAGCCAACUUGACACAAUUGUGGGAAGCAUUUCAGUCAACACGGGCCAGCAUCCCUGUGGAACGCUUUCGACACCUUGCCCAGACAAACUGAGGCUGUUCUGAGGACAAACGGGUGCAAGUCAAUAUUAGGAAGGUGUUCCUAAUGUUUUGUACACUCCCCCCCCCCCCCCCCCCCCCCCACAUAGGGAGUAGGGUACCGUUUGGGAUGUAGCCACUGUUACAUUUGGCCUGUGUCAUAAAUAAGAAGCUGCUGUUUCCAGGGUCAUAUUCGACGGUAGCCACAUGCAAAACGUUUGAAACUGAGAUUUUGUGUUCUUAUUGGGAACGGGGCCAUUUUAGAUUUUGCUAGUGUCGGUUAUAUUAGGAUUAAUGUAUCUCUUAAUGGUUGUAUUUUAGUACUGAACAGAUCACGGUAAAACAGAACAGUACUCUCAUCAGCUUUAUACUCCUUCUCUUUCAGUUCGUCUGGUCUCUUGACCAAUGUGAACAUGUUCGAGGAGGCAACUUCUGCUUUGGGUAAAUGGUACUCCUGAUAUGAGUUAACCCAAUUUUGUGAAUAGAUUAUAUUCUGAAAGCGUACUUUAAUAUCUCCUCUUUUGUAGUUAUUAGGUCUAUAGCCAUAUGUCUUGAUAUUGUAUUCCCUGUAGAAAUAUAGAUACAAAAGUGAAAGGAAUAGCCCUAUCUCAAUCUGUUUUUAUUAGGCUAUGUUUAUCCUAGUGAAUGUCAUCUGAAACUUUCAGAAUCUCUCGGAUCAAAAUGGCGUCUGAUUGGUUGGUUGUUCUUCCUGCUCCUCAGUGACAGGCCAAUCAUAUGAGAACAUGGUGACCGAGAUGAUGCUGAUGGGCUAUGAGAGGGAGCAGGUGGUGGCAGCACUCAGAGCCAGCUUCAACAACCCAGACAGAGCUGUGGAGUACCUGCUUACAGUAAGUACCUCUUCAUCACCCCAUCCACUUCUCCAGUCUGACAGCCCUUUGUAUUCAGAAUGAAUGGUUUAGUCCAAAAAUGAUGUAAUAUGACAGUAAUCACGUUUACAUGCACACAGGAUUCCGGAUAGUAACUCAUAUCCUGCUUAAGGUCUUAUUCGGGACAAGCUGUUUACAUGCACCUUUUGAUAUUCCACUCACGAGUAUCCCUGUAUCCAUUAAUAAACAGAAUAUUCAUAAUUUAAUAUGGGUUAAAUGGAAUAGUAACUGAAAUAUGGACACUGACUGUAGGCCUAUAACCUCAUGUAGCGUAAUAUACAGUGCAUUUGGAAAGUAUUCAGACCCCUUCCCUUUUUCCACAUUUUGUUACGUUACAGCCUUAUUCUAAAAUUGAUUAAAUAAAUAAAAAUCUUCAUCAAUCUACACACAAUACCCCAUAAUGACAAAGCGAAAACUGUUUUUACAUAAGUAUUCAGACCCUUUGCUAUGAGACUCGUUUCCAUUGAUCAUCCUUGAGAUGUUUCUACAACUUGAUUGGAGUCCAUCUGUGGUAAAUUCAAUUGAUUGGACAUGAUUUGGAAAGGCACACACCUGUCAAUAUAAGGUCCCACAGUUGACAGUGCAUAUCAGAGCAAAAAGGAAUUGUCGAAGGAAUUGUCUGUAGAGCUCCGAGACAGGAUUGUGUUGAGGCACAGCUCUGGGGAAGGGUACCAAAUGCAGCAUUGAAGGUCCCCAAGAACACAGUGGCCUCCAUCAUUCUUAAAUGGAAGAAGUUUGGAACCACUAAGACUCUUCCUAGAGCUGGCCGCCUGGACAAACUGAGCAAUCGGGGAGAAUAGUCUUGGUCAGGGAGGUGACAAAGAACCUGAUGGUCACUCUGACAGAGCUCCAGAGUUCCUCUGUGGAGAUGGGAGAACCUUCCAGAAGGACAACCAUCUCUGCAGCACUCCACCAAUCAGGCCUUUAUGGUAGAGUGGCCAGACAGAAGCCACUCCUCAGUAAAAGGCACAUGACAUCCCGCUUGGAGUUUGCCAAAAGGCACCUUAAGGACUCUCAGACCAUGAGAAACAAGAUUCUCUGGUCUGAUGAAACCAACAUUGAACUCUUUGGCCUGAAUGCCAAGCGUCACGUCUGGAGGAAACCUGGCACCAUCCCUACGGUGAAGCAUGGUGGUGGCAGCAUCAUGCUGUGGGGAUGUUUUUCAGCGGCAUGGACUGGGAGACUAGUCAGGAUCGAGGAAAAGAUGAACGGAUGAAAACCUGCUCCAGAGCGCUCAGCACCUCAGACUGGGGUGAAGGUUCACCUUCCAACAGGACAACGCCCUAAACACACAGCCAAGACAACUCAGGAGUGGCUUCAGGACAAGUCUCUGAAUGUCCUUGAGUGGCCCAGCCAGAGCCCGAACUUGAACCCGAGCUAACAUCUCUGGAGACACCUGAAAAUAGCUGUGCAGCGACGCUCCCCAUCCAACUUGACAGAGCUUGAGAGGAUCUGCAGAGAAGGGAAGAAACUCCCGAAAUACAGGUGUUCCAGGCUUGUAGCAUCAUACCCAAGAAGACUCAAGGCUGUAAUCACUGCCAAAGGUGUUUCAACAAAGUACUGAGUUAAAGGGUCUGAAUACUUAUGUAAACGUGAUAUUUCCCAAAAAUUCUAAAAACCUGUUUUUUCUUUGUCAUUAUUGGGCAUUGUGUGUAGAUUGAUGAGGGGAAAAAUAACAAUUUAAGCAAUUUUAGAAUAACAUGCUGACCACACCGUCCGCGUCACGUGCGCGAGCGUUGCAAAAUAAAUGUCCACAUACAUGUUAUUCAAUCAUUGCACUCACGCUGCUCGUGCACGUCAACGAGCGUCUGCGUAGCCAGUCGCUAAAAUAUAACUUCUAUUUCUGAUGCAAGUCCCACCUCUCCCAUCUCCUCAUUGGUUUUUAGGAGCAUAUACCCAUGUGGGUGAUUGAACGAUGAACUGAGGUCCACACUCCAGUCCAGUUGGUCGUGGUAAUGCACCUUAAAGUUGGUUGCCAACUAAGGCUGAACGAUUUUGGAAAAUAAUCUAAUUGCGAUUUUUUGCCCCCAAUAUUGCGAUUGCGAUUUAAUAUGCGAUUUAAUUUAUUUAUCCUUUUUCCCCUACAAAACAUAAUGAAUGAUUUAAAUAUGACCAACACAAUAGUAUAUACAUUUAGUGUGAAAUGUUCUUUCCCAUAGGCUGGGUCUAUUUGUUAGAAUUAAAUUCAAACAUGUAUGACUUGAAAUAAAUGACAUUUUUAUUGAACUGCUCAUUACAGAAACAUCUGUGGCUUUGCCACUGUGCAUUUAAAUAAUUUAAACAAAGGCAUGAACUUUGUAAACACUGUGUGCAAAAGGUACAGUCUUAAGAAAAAAAUAAUUUUAAAUUGUAUGUAUCUUACUGCUCCCAAGUCAGUAACAUUUCACACAACUGAAACAAGGAAUUUGCUUUGAAAAUAUUUUGUAAAAUCAAAGUAAAUAAAGUUAUAAAUAAAAAAUGAGAAAUGCACUUUUAAUUUAGACAAACUAUUUUUUAUAAACGAUUUGAAUAUUAUAAUAUAAAAUAGAUGAGCCUCACUUAUCUCAAGUACACAACAAUAACACACCACACAGACUAAAGUUCACUACGAGUAUGGCACUGCCAGCCAUACUUAUCCAACAGUUCUGUUCUCAGUGGCUCACAGGUUUUUUGCUAAGAAAACCAGAAUAUUGACUUUUUCUGGCUUCAAGGCUGAGCGAGUGCAAGUCACAAUAUUCCCUCCUGUGCUAAAAAGACGCUCUGAGGGAGCGCUUGUAGCAGGUACACAAAGAUACUUGCGUGCCAUGGUGCACAACUGUGGGUAGCUGAUCUUGUGCACCCUCCACCAAGCCAAUGGAUCAUCUUCUCCAUCAAUGGUAGGAGUCAUCAGGUAAUUGUUUAUCUCUGCCUCUGCGACAUCUUCAAGAUUUACAGGCAAAGAAGGAGAGGCUGAACUGGUCUUGAAAAAACUGCCAAGAGACCUCUUCGUCUUUUCCCCCAAGGACUGUGCACUUUGAGGCAUCUGAACAGUUUCAGUACGAGACCUCUUCUCCUAUUAGAUGAAAACAACAGCCAUUAGUUUUCCAGUUAGAUUUUACAGAAAAUUUUUGUUUUUGUGAAAUACAUAAUUAUUUACCCAAUGAUAUGUACGUUGUGCCAAGUCUACUAUCUCUGUCUUCAGACGAGUCUUGAUAGCAGGGAUGUUGUCUGUACUGAUGUACUGUAUUUUGAACCUAGGGUCCAGGAAACAGGCAACAUCCAAAAGCUCCUGGAUGUUUGGGUCUCCAUAUUUGUUAUUGAGGUAUGCUAGGACUUUGGUUUUUAUUGAUUUAGUCAGGUCAGUGUCCUCAGCAUCUUCAGCCAGGACUGAUGUGGCAAAAAGGUGGAGAACUGGCUUGAGGUAGGAGAUGCUUACAUACUCCUCUCCAGAAAGAGCAUCAGUAAACUCCAGUAGAGGAUGCAGUGCCUUGUGAAUCGACUCCAACACGUCAAUAUCCUGCCAGGUUGGGAUAAGGGAGCGUGCAUAUCGAUCUCCAGACAAUACCUGAGAAAUGGCUUUGGCCUGUUCAAGCACUCUGGCAAUCAUCAUUUCUUUAGAACCCCAUCUUGUUGGGCACUCCGUUAUGAGGUUGUGCUCAGGGAGUUUGAGCUCUCUCUGUGCCUCCGUCAGGGCUGCUUUCUUCUUCCAACUGUGGGAAAAGUGCCCCACCAGCUUCCUGCACAGUGCUGUUGCCCUUGACACUCUGUCAUCUUUGAGUGCAUUUUCUAAAAGAAAUAAAAAGUAGUGUAUUACACACAAUUUGAGUUUUGAUACAAGGCUCUCACUAUUACACACUCAAAUUAGCUGUAAUUCUGAAAUACACACAUCCACAACACAUCCUCUCUCUCUCUCUCAAUUCAAAGGGUCUUUAUUUGCAUGUCAAUUCUCUCUCUCUUUCUCUCUCUCUCUCUCUCAUAAACACUAAAAAAACAUGUAAAAAACAAAAACAAGAAAAGAAAAAAAAUGCAGGUGGGCAUUCCACCACAGACAGACAUAUGAUAUAAGCAAGUAAAAUGAAUUUACAUAUUAGAAAAGGAGUGGAAGUAUGAAUUUAUUUAAUCCCAUCCGAUUUAUAUAAUAUCAUUUAUAUAUAUUUGUAUAUUCAGCUUUACUAAUCGACGCAUCUCUCUCUCUCGCACUCGCACACACACACACACACACAAACACACACACACACACACACACACACACACACACACACACACACACACACACACACACGAUAACUUACCAAUGGCAAGAUGUAAUCUGUGGCCAAAACAUUGGAGCCUCGUCCAUUCAUUAAGCCGCGCAGCAAGCACCAUAUUCGACGCGUUGUCCGUCGUGAUGCAGACGUGAUUCUCCUCGUGGAGAUCCCAGCUGACAAGCCCUUCUCUCAGGCCGGCUGCAAUAUUUUCCCCUGUGUGAUCGUCUGGGAAGUAGGUAGUUUGUAGGCAGCGAGCUCGGAGGUUGAAAUCUUCAUCAAUAAAAUGGACUGUAAGACUCUGGUACGGCUCAGCUGUGCGGCUUGACCACAUAUCAGUAGUGCUAGCAAAAAACUCCACCGUUUUAAGUUCCGCGGCGACUUUCUCUUUGCACUUUUUGUACAGCUCCGGUAUGGCAGUCUGACUGAAGUAUGUGCGGGAGGGUAUACUGUAACGUUUAUCAAGCGUAUGUAUUAAUGCCAUGAACCCAGGCUUGGUCACCGUGCUGAGAGGCAUCAUAUCUUUGGCUAUGAACUCGGUUAUUGUCCGAGUGAUUUCUCCGUGCCGUUUUGAAUUACGUUCAUACGGAGUGACACUUUCGAACAUUUCUGUCAGUGAUCCCUGUCUUGAGGUAUUUGGCUUGUCUCGCGCACUGAUGCUCGGCAUUUUGGUCAUACAACUGUCAUGCAUUGAUUUGUGGUAUUUUUUUAAGUGCUGAAACAGGUUUGUAGUGUUACCCCGUGAAGUAGCAAUCGGAGCACGGCAUGCUCUGCACAACACCUGACGCUGCUCAGCAUCUUCUUUUUUAAAACCAAAAUAGUUCCACACCACCGACGUGCUGUUCCUCUUCGAUAUUAAAGUAUCAGCUGUGUCAGUUUCUGACUGUUCCGUCGAGCAAGAGGCCAUUGCGCUGGACAGCAUGAAAAGUCGCGUCACGUGACCACCUCAAAUCGCGCACGUUGCGAUUAGAAAAUCGCGUUCAGUCAAAUCGCGAUAUUAUCGCGAAUGCAAUUAAUCGUUCAGCCCUAUUGCCAACCACCAUAUAAAGUCCAAAGAGGAAGAAGCCUGAAGGAGGAGAGAUUACUAGAAACUAACUCGGUUUACCCUUUUUAUCUGUGGAUUCAUUGUAGAGGACCUUGUGCAUUUCAGGUAAAAUAACAACCCAAUGUUUAUAUCCCAGAACAAAUUAGCUAGCAACAGCAAGCUAGCUAGCUAAAUUGCCAUAAAUGUUUAAUGCCUUUCGACCUGGCCCCAAAUUAAUACAGUUGAUUCAGAGUUUGUUUUGAUAUUUCAACCUGCGUGUCCUGAUCGCGUCUGGUGGCCCGUGUAGCUCAGUUGGUAGAGCAUGGCGCUUGCAACGCCAGGGUUGUGGGUUCGAUUCCCACGGGGGGCCAGUAUGAAAAUGUAUGCACUCACUAACUGUAAGUCGCUCUGGAUAAGAGCGUCUGCUAAAUGACUAAAAUGUAAAUGAUGUGGGUGGACAAAAUCAACAUGCGUGCGGUGUGGGCAGCAUGUAAGGCUGUAACGUAACACAAUGUGGAAAAAGUCAAGGGGUCUGAACACUUUCCGAAUGCACUGUAAUAUUAACUCCUGCCGAAUUAUGCAUUUCUUGCAGUAAAAUUAUAAAACAAAUGUUAAUUUUGUCUCGGGAACAGGAGUGGAGAAAUUAUUUAUUUCAGCUUGUCUUGAGAAAAUGUGAAUGCGAGUGUAAUGUUAUCCUUGACACUGUUAUGCAAGCAGACAGUAGGAACCACAUAAAAUAUGCACCCAAGACGAACUGAAGUCUUAUCAGAAACGUGUUUAAUCGUUUUCUCAGCUUUUCAUUUCCUUAAAACCAGUCAAACUGAUAACGUUUGGACAUUUUGCACAGAACCAAUCUCUCCACUGUUUUGGAAUUAUUUAAUUUUCUCCCUGGUCCCUAAAAGACAAAUUUAGCGGUGAUAAAUAUAUUACUAAUGCAUUCAUUCUAUCAAUGUAAGACAUUAUUCUGGUGAGCACUACUUUAUUUAGUCUUCUGGGGCAAGAAGUUAUGACCGAAGAGAAGCUGCAUGUAUCUAACUAUAGGCUAGUUGACAAACAAAUGGCCUACCAAAUGUUAGAAUUUAUAAUACGGCCUACAAAAUGUCGUAAAUUAUAAGCAGAAAGUUGUCUAAAUUAGGGGUGAAAGUAGCCAGUAGGCUAUACGGUCCUCUACGGAGUAUCAGCAAAAUACAUUAUUAUGGAAUUAUGGUGGAUCUAACUGGGCAGGUAGGCUUUGACAAUAGAUGAAAACAUCAGACAUCACCCAUGAUAUGCGAAGCUGAGCCUGCGCAGAACGCAAAAAACAACAGUAAACAGGAUAAAUGACUAAAAAUAAUAAAUGUUUACAUGCCACAGUACCCCUUCUAAGAUCAGCAUAUCCCAGGUGUCUUAUCAGGGUUUCUCAUAACCGGGAUACAAGCUUUUUCGGGUUAUUGUAAUCGGGAUAUGAUGCUUAUGUGUCAACUCAAAAACAGAAUACUUGAGUAUCCCGAAUAAUAACGGUGUAUUGGUGUGCAUGUUAACGUGGUCAUGGGGCGGCAGGUAGCUUAGUGGUUAAUAGCGUUGUGCCAGUAACCGAAAGGUCGCUGGUUCUAAUCCCCGAGCCGACUAGAUGAAAAAUCUGUCUGUGCCAUUGAGCAAGGCACUUAACCCUAAUUGCUCCUGUAAGUCGCUCUGGAUAAGAGCGUCUGCUAAAUGACUAAAAUGUAAAAAUGUAAUUGAUACAAAAUACCAUAUUUUUUUUGUCCUUCAGGUUUCUAUUCUAUGGCGGUUUUCAUCCAUGUGUUCCUUAGAGCUGGGAUGAUGGAAGCUAGAUUCGUCCACCCUGUCUGGCAGCUCUAACGUUGUAUCUCUGUGGUAGCUAAGGCUGUGUCCUGUGGAUGUUCUUCUUUAGGGGAUCCCAGCUGGGGAGGAGGGACAUGCGGGUGCUGACCCAGUGGUGCCCCCUGUGGGUGGAGGAACUCCAGCUCUGAACACAGGCAGUAUGACCACCCCCGCCAGCACAGGCUCCCUAGCAAGCGCUGCAACAGGAGGUGAAUGAUGCCUCAGUGUGUGUGCCUGCUUCUCCACUCCAUGCAUGCAUAUGUGUAAAAACACUUCUGUAUGCAGUGGACACAGAAAAAGCAUUUGACGGAUUUCUAGUAUUUUCCUUUGAAUAAUAAAGAGAUUGUAACAUAAUGACAGUUCUCAGCAUUAGACAGUUAUGUAUUUUGAGAUGUCCUAUGUGCUGCACUGUAUCAAUUGUUCUAUGCCAUAAACGGUUUGGCAUACUGGAGUUUAGAACACUGGUGUGCUGCUGUAUGGAAAUGGAACAUGGAAAGGGAACAUAGAACUUUGUGAACAAAGAACAUGGAAAUAGAACAUGGAACUAGAACAUACCAAAUAGACCUGUACAAAUGGAACUAGAACAUAGAACUGUAGAAAUAGAACAUGGAAAUGGAACAUAGAACUGUGUGGAUUGGAAAUAGAACAGUGCUGUUGUCCUUCUAUGGCGUGACUUUCUAUCCCCUCUCUCCCACUCCUGUGUUUCCAGCCAACCCUCUGGGGUUCCUGGUUAAUCAGCCCCAGUUCCUCCAGAUGAGACAGAUCAUCCAGCAGAACCCCUCUCUACUCCCUGCCUUACUACAGCAGAUAGGGCGGGAGAACCCCCAACUCCUGCAAGUAUGGACAACACACUCACACAAACACUGAUAUUUACAGUCUGUCUCCGAUAUACUCCCGAAUCUCUGGCCUCUUGAUGAUAGACAAUUAUUCCACGAUUUUGUAGUUAAACUGGUUACAAUGAGCAGUGAAAUUGAUGGAAUUCUAGUCUUUCUGCCGAAUGCAUUUGUCUGUGUCCUUUAGCUCCCCAGGCCUCUCAUGCAUAUUGAAGGGAUGAGAUCAGAGCCUGAAGGCAUAGCACCAGACCCUCGCUGUGAUAAUGUCAGUUUAAAAACCUGUGUGUCCCAAAUGGUACCCUAUUCCCAUUAUAGUGCAUUACUUUUGACUAGAGCCCUAUGUGGGUCCUGGUCAAAAGUAGUGCACUAUAAAGGGAAUAGGGUGCCAUUUGGGAAGGAGAAUGUGUUCAGCCUCAAACAAACCUCCGGUCAGCUGUAAUUACCUGGGAUGUGUUCAACGAGGUGAAAUGUUCACAACAUUAUAGGUAUCAAAGGUUCUUGAAACCACUGUGGUCUGGACUGGUGCGUUGACCAAAUCUAAAACAUCAGAUUCAAUGUUGCUGGUAGAAAUGUCAUGUGUAGAACUAAUGUGACUAACAGUUGGCUCAUAUGACACUCUUGAUCUGAUCUAUACAAUGUAUUUCUAUCUGAACGUUGAGUCUGUAAUGUUGCACCUUCCUGAACAGACCCCUGAUCGCUGUCUCUCCAUGGUUGUGUUCAUUAGGGACCAAACUGAAGAAAACUGAGUAAAAUGAGAAGGGACUACUUGGACUUGGUCCAAUAAGAAAUGCCUGUUUGUUUUCCAUUGCAAACUGGUUUUCUAUGGUGUGCCCUAAUGAACACAACCCUGUCUGUCUGUUUCCCUUUCAGCAAAUCAGCAGUCACCAAGAGCAGUUCAUCCAGAUGCUGAACGAGCCAGCCCAGGAGGGGGGUCAGGGAGGAGGUGGAGGAGGAGGUGGAGUGGGGGUCAGUGGGGAGGCUGGAAGUGGCAUGAACUAUAUUCAGGUCACACCCCAGGAGAAGGAGGCCAUUGAGAGGGUAAGGAAGGAGGGAAUCUCACAAGCCAAGAUGACUGUUGAUAAUGGCUACAGUUGAAAAUCACCUAGUUAGCUCAAUCUGGCACAUUUACAGAAAUGCCGAUUUUUAAUUGUCCAUGUCAAAUAAAUCUAACAAAGUUAAGUUAGAGAUUCUCUGGUACUUUUGUAUACUUUUUAGCCAGUAGUUCUGAAAGUAGCACUCACGAGCCAAAUGUGGUCACCAAAAAUGGUGUACUACGUCACAUACACUAUGUACAGUGCAUUCGGAAAGUAUUCAGACCCCUUCCCCUUUUCCACAUUUUGUUACGUUACAGCCUCAUUCUAAAAUUGAUUAAAUAAAUUGUUUUCCUCAUCAAUUUACACACAAUACCCCAUAAUGACAAAGAGAAAACAGGUUUUUAGAAAAUGUUGCACAUUUAUUACAACUAAAAAAACAGAUACCUUAUUUACAUAAGUAUUCAGACCCUUUGCUAUGAGACUCAACAUUGAGCUCAGGUGCAUCCUGUUUCCAUUGAUCAUCCUUGAGAAGUUUCCGCAACUUGAUUGGAGUCCACCUGUGGUAAAUUAAAUUGAUUGGACAUGAUUUGGAAAGGCACACACCUGUCUAUAUAAGGUCCCACAGUUGACAGUGCAUGGCAGAGCAAAAACCAAGCCAUGAGGUCGAAGGACUUGUUCGUAGAGCUCCGAGACAGGAUUGUGUUGAGGCACAGAUCUGGGGAAGGGUACCAAAAUAAUUCUGUCGCAUUGAAGGUCCCCAAGAACACAGUGGCCUCCAUCAUUCUUAAAUGGAAGAAGUUUGGAACCACCAAGACUCUUCCUAGAGCUGGCUGCCCGGCCAAACUGAGCAAUCUGGGGAGAAAGGCCUUUGUCAGAGUGACCAUCGGGUUCUUUGUCACCUCCCUGACCGAGUUCCUCUUGGGAGAUGGGAGAACCUUCCAGAAGGACAACCAUCUCUGCAGCACUCCACCAGUCAGGCCUUUAUGGUAGUGGCCAGACGGAAGCCACUCCUAGGUAAAAGGCACAUGACAGCCCGCUUGGAGUUUGUUCCCCUAAAGGACUCUGACCAUGAGAAGAUGGGUAAAUUAGACACGCAUUCGUUCUUUAUAUUACUGUAGCAUAGACUAUGCUGCAGCAAAUGUAAGCCUACCUGUCCAACAUCGUGAACUGCGCUCCAUACUGAGAUGGGGUGUCUGUCCCCACCCUGAACGUUGAUGAUUCAUCAUGCAGAGGCCAUAGAGAAGCCAGAUUUAGACAUCGCAUAUAAUAUAACAGUUCCUUUUCACGCCAUGCUGUUCAUAUAAAUAAUUUAUUAUGAACUGGGUGGUUCGAGCCCUGAAUGCUGAUCGGCUGAUAGCCGUGGUAUAUCAGACUGUAUAGCACGGGUAUGACAAAACAUGUAUUUUUACUGCUCUGAAUACGUUGGUAACCAGUUUAUAACAGCAAUAAGGCAUCUCGGGUUUGUAGUAUGUGGCCAAUAUACCACGGCUAAGGGCUGUAUCCAGGCACUCCGUGUUGUGUCGUGCUCUCUGAAUACCCCUUAGCCAUGGUAUAUUGGCCAUAUACAACACCCCCUCGGGCCUUAUUGUUUAAUUAUAAUUUACUGGUUUCUCGCAGUUAUUUAUCCCGGUAAAAGGGAGUGGUUUUGGGCGGUAAAUCUCGGUAAUCAGGUUCCCUCCAUUCAACCCUAAUUGUGAUUUAUAAUGUGCUGUGCAUUGUGUAAACAACAGUAAUUGUGGGGUUGUGUUCCAAACAAAACUACAAGUGUGCUUGCUCUAGUUCCCCAACAGCACAGCUAGGAGAGCUAAAAAAAUUGUUACUCUACUUUAAGUCAUAAAAGUGCAUUGAAAUUACUUAAGAACUUUGCACACUUUGGAGAGGUAUGGCCACACCAGUUAGUCCUCUCACUCAAACACUUGUAAUUUUUAGUCUUAUGUUGCACCUACCCCACAUUUUCCAGGAAUAUUCUUAUGUUACUGAAUAUAUCCAGAGUUUUUUCAGAUUUCGUUAUCAACAAAUGCUGUGAAAAGUACAGUAAAUGUAAAAUGCACACAAAAUCAACAGUGUAAUGUUUGGAUUCAGUCUUGUCAGGCGAACUGUUGUCCUCAACUUUGGUCAAGUUUUCCUAUAAUCUCAACUAUUUCCUUUCAAUUGCUACUAUGCUUGUGCAUAUGUAUUUCAUAUUUCUUUAAAAAACAUUUCAAUUUAGCCCUACCCAUUGAGGCCAAUUCUCACUAGCGUAAAUGGUUAAGUGAAGUGUUGAUUUCAGACUGCAUGGUUUUCAACUGAAGAUUCAUGUUUAUGACAUGCAUAAAUACCUACUUAUGGGAGUAGACAUACAGUGAGGGAAAAAAGUAUUUGAUCCCCUGCUGAUUUUGUACAUUUGCCCACUGACAAAGACAUGAUCAGUCUAUAAUUUUAAUGGUAGGUUUAUUUGAACAGUGAGAGACAGAAUAACAACAAAAAAAUCCAGAAAAACGCAUGUCAAAAAUGUUAUAAAUUGAUUUGCAUUUUAAUGAGGGAAAUGAGUACUUGACCCCUCUGCAAAACAUUACUUAGUACUUGGUGGCAAAACCCUUGUUGGCAAUCACAGAGGUCAGACAUUUCUUGUAGUUGGCCACCAGGUUUGCACACAGCUCAGGAGGGAUUUUGUUCCACUCCUCUUUGCAGAUCUUCUCCAAGUCAUUAAGGUUUCGAGGCUGACAUUUGGCAACUCGAACCUUCAGCUCCUUCCACAGAUUUUCUAUGGGAUUAAGGUCUGGAGACUGGCUAGGCCACUCCAGGACCUUAAUGUGCUUCUUCUUGAGCCACUCCUUUGUUGCCUUGGCCGUGUGUUUCGGGUCAUUGUCAUGCUGGAAUACCCAUCCACAACCGAUUUUCAAUGCCCUGGCUGAGGGAAUGAGGUUCUCACUCAAGACUUGACGGUACAUGGCCCCGUCCAUCGUCCCUUUGAUGCGGUGAAGUUGUCCUGUCCCCCUUAGCAGAAAAACACCCCCAAAGCAUAAUGUUUCCACCUCCAUGUUUAACGGUGGGGAUGGUGUUUCUUGGGGUCAUAGGCAGCAUUCCUCCUCCUCCUCCAAACACGGCGAGUUGAGUUGAUGCCAAAGAGCUCGAUUUUGGUCUCAUCUGACCACAACACUUUCACCCAGUUCUCCUCUGAAUCAUUCAGAUGUUCAUUGGCAAACUUCAGACGGCCCUGUAUAUGUGCUUUCUUGAGCAGGGGGACCUUGCGGGCGCUGCAGGAUUUCAGUCCUUCACGGUGUAGUGUGUUACCAAUUGUUUUCUUGGCGACUAUGGUCCCAGCUGCCUUGAGAUCAUUGACAAGAUCCUCCCGUGUAGUUCUGGGCUGAUUCCUCACCGUUCUCAUGAUCAUUGCAACUCCACAAGGUGAGAUCUUGCAUGGAGCCCCAGGCCGAGCGACAUUGACAGUUAUUUUGUGUUUCUUCCAUUUGCGAAUAAUCGCACUAACUGUUGUCACCUUCUCACCAAGCUGCUUGGCAAUUGUCUUGUAGCCCAUUCCAGCCUUGUGUAGGUCUACAAUCUUGUCCAUGACAUCCUUGGAGAGCUCUUUGGUCUUGGCCAUGGUGGAGAGUUUGGAAUCUGAUUGAUUGAUUGCUUCUGUGGACAGGUGUCUUUUAUACAGGUAACAAGCUGAGAUUAGGAGCACUCCCUUUAAGAGUGUGCUCCUAAUCUCAGCUCGUUACCUGUAUAAAAGACACCUGGGAGCCAGAAAUCUUUCUGAUUGAGAGGGGGUCAAAUACUUAUUUCCCUCAUUAAAAUGCAAAUCAAUUUAUAACAUUUUUGACAUGCGCUAUUCUGGAUUUUGUUGUUGUUAUUCUGUCUCACUGUUCAAAUAAACCUACCAUUAAAAUUAUAGACUGAUCAUUUCUUUGUCAGUGGGCAAACGUACAAAAUCAACAGGGGAUCAAAUAGCUUUUUCCCUCACUGUAUGUCAAUCCUGUCAUCUCUGUAUUCAGGAACGUUGUUUAUGUAAUUUAAUAUUGACUUUGUCUAUUUUCUCUUACAGCUAAAAGCCCUAGGAUUCCCUGAAGGACUUGUUAUACAGGCCUACUUUGCCUGUGAGAAGAAUGAGAACUUGGCCGCUAACUUCCUUUUACAACAGAACUUUGAUGACGACUAA